GUCAGAUCAGCUCGGGGGAACUGUCAGUUUACUAGCCAGCAGGAGGCUGAUUUAUAAAACUGAAGGAUAUUUAAAGAACAGCCAUCAGGCAAAGAAACAAUGUAAUCAGACAAGUGGAUCUGGCAGUGGUGGUUCCCAGGAAGGCUUGUUGACAGAAGGCAUUGAGAGUGUGGCAGAAGGACUUCAUUUACCUGUUGGUAAGGAUCUACCUGCUCUCUGGAACACAGAUUGCAGCAGUCUUGACAGGUGGGUGACAGCUAAUAAAUUUGCUUCUCAGGUGAUGUGAAACGCAACAUGUUGUCUUCUCAAAGAUGUUAAUGUUGUGUAACUUCUGUACCAUACCUAAUAGUUUCCAGCCUAUUUGUGAUAGAAUUACUUACAUUGCCCAAUAUAGGUGGAUAACUCUCAUAUGAGUUAUGAUCUGCUCCUGUCUAGGGGUUUUAUGUUUGGAUUCAAUCACCCACACAGGGACACAUUUUCAUUUACAUACACUUGAAUAUGAUUCAAAAGAAGUCUAUAACCAGUUUCAUUAAAAUUGAAUGAAUUUAUUUAUUUACAUUAAAUUUACAACACUUCAUAAAAAAUAAAAAUCAUGAAUUGUAUAAGUCUGAAAAUCAUUUGCUUAUUCUAAGGGCUUAGAUCUACCUUUUGCAUAUUAUUUUUCAAUCUAGGUUCUAAUGACUAUUAAUUUUGGCCUCCCGUAACAUUUCAUCAUUAAUCAAUGCUUUGUAAUAAGACAAAAAAUAUGUUCUGACCGUUUACAAUUUAUCUUAUCAAUAUUAUAACCGACAAUUGUAAUAGACUGGUCAAUGGAUGAGGAAGCUUCUCGGGUGGAAGCGGCUCCUACAGUCACUUCCUUCACAGCAGGAAUGAAAGUGGACCUCCCUGUUGUAUGUUGUGGAGUAGUCUUUCUCAGUUCUGUGUAAAGAAAUCUGGCGGUUCAGCAGUCAGAUGUAUAGCGCUGGGCACUCCUCUGAAUCUGGCCUCUGGACUUAUCCCCAAUUCAGCCGCUGAGGUGUGGGGGUAUCUUGUAAAACAGUAACUUCUAUACAUAUAAAUUAUAUAUAAAUAUAAUUGAUGAUCUGGGUUGAUCGAUAAAUAUAUGAGGCCACUUCAGUGGUGAAAAUGGAGGCUCCUCUUCUCGCUUUCUCAGGGCGGGGGACAGAUGUGGACUUCCCAGCUGUACUUUUUGGAAUGGCCUUUCCAGCUGUUCAUUGCAUGUGUAGAGUCCUAGCAACUUGCAGUCCUGUCUGAUGGAGGCUCACAUUUUGGGGUACGGAGGUUGUAGCUCUGGGUGAAAUACCCGGAAUGAGGCCUCAGGGCUUAUCCUCAAUUCAACUGCUAAGGUGAUGUGGUUUCUUGCCAUGUAGCAGCUUGGUAGGUAAAUAUGCCGGCUGAUCCACAAGUUAUACCUAGAUGUUCCUUGUGCUUGGUGAGAUGAAAAAAGAUUUGAAAGUUCGGUAUAUAUUUAAGGUGGGAAGAAUUUUUCAUUGGCUGAUCUCAAUCAUGACAUCGAUCUUGACCAAUGAAAUAACUUGCGCUGGCGUGCUCAAGAUGAUCUACGAGUUCAUGCACUGGUGGCUUAUGGGAUUGGGGGAUUUACUGCGACACAGAUUGUUGACAUGGUUCAACGCUCUGUUAGAUUUAGGCUAACGAAGACUAUAACAACAAGGGCUAUUACUCCUAUAUCAAGAAAAAAGUUGAAGUUGGUGCAUUCUAGCAAACGUUUUAAUGUAAUAAAAAUUUAGGGUUUGCUCUGAUUUCAUCACAGAUGCAUUUGCAGUGAUGUCAUUUUUAUUCAAGAAGAAUCCAUAGCACCAUGAGAAUAUAUUAAAAUAGUUGAAGAUCUGCUAAUGACAAGUGUGAGACAGCAGUUUGCCCUAGAGUGCUGCUUUACCCUAUAAUUUUGCCAUGAACACAAUAACAUCAGCCUUUAGUUUAAGGGAUCUGUUUCUCUAUGACACUCUUCAAGCCACAUCCCUGGUUGGUUCAAAGUAACUUUGCAGAUGAUGGUACACUUGUUUAAGUGGCGAUCAGAGGCUAAUUUCGUGGCCUACUUGCAUGGUUCAGAUUUUUUUGGGCGACAAAUUGGAACUGACUUCUAUUUCUUGACAUGUUUAUUGUUAAAGGGUUAGUUAUCCUUACUCCCAGAACACAGUGUUUCCCUAACAAAUUCUUUAUUCCCCAUCCUAACGACUUUUUUUACUAGUCUAGCAACAUCUAUGCAGUUUUAAAAAUUAAGUUUUCGCUCUUCUAAAAAAGUAAGAAUGCAUUUAAAAUGUGAAAAUAAUGAACUUUUAAAUUAUGUAUUCAAUAGCAAAGACAACUGUAAAACUUAUAAAAUAAACCUGUGACCUAUUUCUUAGAGGAAAAUGUUUAAUAGUUUUAAAAUAUAUAAACAUUUUUUAUCAUCACGUAAAAGCUAUUAACUCCUAUGUUCUAAUAAUCCCUGAAAUGCCACCUAAGGCUGGGAAACCUUGCCCUAGUCAAUCUUAAUCUGGGGUGUGGAGAUGGGAAGAUUGCAUAGUCAAUCUCAGGUGUAUCGAAGACUGGAAUGAGUAUUGGAAGAACUUGAGUCAAUCUGUGUUUUUGUUUUUUUUUAGGCUAGGCAAUUAAGAAUAGUAAUUUGAACUAAUGGGAAAGAUAUAACAAUGGACAAAGAAAUACAGAUAACAAAGAUAUUGGUAUGGAGUUAAGAAAGACAUUGGUAUGGAGGUAAAAAAUAUUUUGGUAUGGAGUUAAGAGAGAUUUUGGUAUGGCGUUCAGAAUUUCUGCCAUAAAUAUCAAUUUGAUUUACUUUAGAAUGUCCAAUAGUUUAUUACUUUCAUUUCUAGAGUUGUAAAUGCUGAAAUUUUUGGUAAUAAUUAAUCUUAUUACCAUCUUUGAAUGUCAUAUUUUUAGUUUUUAUUUCUAUUUCUAAUGUUUAAUUUAUCCUUUAAAAAUUUUGAUCAUUUCGUACAAAGGUCCAUAGACAAAUUCAACAAGAGUAUACUAACCAGCCUUGGAGCUAUGCUGGAUUCAGAUGUCUCACUUCACACUGAUUACCUUCCAACACUUCGAGAAAUAUGUAGGUUAGAGAAUGGAAGACACCAGGCCAAGACUCAGAGAAGGUAG